ACAAAUGUAUUGUGUCAAUCCCAUUAAUAAUGAUAUGUUUGAAUCUCUUCUUACUUGCAUGUAUAUACCUAUGUGAUUGAUUCAACGGUUCGAUUCCUGCUUAAUUAUUACGAUAACAGUAAUACCAGCGAAAUAACCACUGGUUUUAGUAAUCUCAGUGAUGUAUCGGAAUUAUAUUCAUCGAUGCUUCGUAAAUGCCUGAUGUCCUACCUAAAAGUUUACAAAUUUUUCCUGGUUGAUAGGAUAGUUCAAUUUUCUUAAAUCUGUCAUGUACAACAUUUUAAGGACUCAUCAUAUCACGUUUGCUCCUUAUUAUCUCCUUCAACAUUAUAUUUUAUGGAAAUUAUCUAUGAUACUGGUGGUUCUACUACCUAAGAAUGUUGUACGUUAUUUUAUGUCAUACAAAAUGCCAUAACCACUCUUUUCCUUUGUUUACAUUUGCAACCAUCACUACCAAUACGAUGUUCUUACUUGAGAACCCUUAAAUCUACAAAUAUGACAUCAUUCAAUUGUUUCAAAAUUCAUGAUACUAACAAUUUUAUCGCACAUACUACGAAAACAAAUAAUUCGGAAGGGAGCAUAUGCACUUCUGAAAAUGCCAAUAUUACUAAUAGUAAAUGUAAUCAGUCAGUAGCUUCUGGAAAUAAUACAGUCAUUUCAACAACAACUAACAGUUUACUAGAUUCUAGAGAUGUGAACCCCAAAAUCACAAUAAGUUAUUCAUCUUAUUCACGUGGAAGUAAUAAUCUGCUACGGUGUAGACCACAUUUUCGUCACUCCAGUUUAUCAUCUUCUGCAUUUGGAACAUGUAUGCCAAGUAAUAAACGUGAUGGUCAUUGCAAUAGUAACAACAAUAAGGAAAAAAUCCCUACAACUCCAUCUACGGGUGUACAGUUCAGCCGUAACUGCUUUAGAUAUUAUCCUAAUCGAAUACGUAAACAAUUGGAGUCUGCUGUGACAAAAAAUGAUCCAUUGUUGUGUUUAGUAACAUCUACUGAUUGUACUGUACAAUCAGGUCCUGAAAUCAUCUAUACUACCAGUAGUUCCAUGAACAAUGGCAGUGGUCUAGUUCGUAGUCAAUCAGAUUCUACAUGUUUAUCAUUAAAAGCGAUAAUAGGUAAUGAAAAUUAUAUUGAUGCUGAAGUAGAUCAAGAAAUUGGAGCACAGACUAAUAUUGUUGGUUGUAGUAACAAACAUGUAAAUUAUAUAUCAGAUGACUCGGCACAAAGUUCUAAUAUCUCGUCUUGGGAAAUGAACAACAGUGCUUCAUUAGAUGGGAGUAAUUCCAUUGAUAAGUAUAACUUAGAAAUUAGUAAUAAGUGUAAAUCAUUGCUACCUUCGUUAUUAUUAUCUUUAUCGUCAUCAUUGUCAACGCAGAUGAAUUUCCGUAAGGUAAAUGUAACUGAAACUCAAGAGAAGUUGGGAAUAAAAACAGAAGAAGGAAGAGAUGACAGAAGUCAAGACGAUGAUAUGUUAGCUAGUUUUAUGCGAAAUUCAACUAUCGGGUCUAUACCAAACAGUGGAUUUACAUCGGAAUUAUCGAAUUACUGUGGUGCCUCGAAUAAGUCAUCAACAUCAGCUGUUUCUCAUCAACAUCAAGGAACCAAACUAAAGUGUCGGACUACGCCUAAUAACCUAUCAACUCCAACAACUCCAAGUCGAAGUUAUCAGUUAAUAUGUCGUAAUGGAAUACAAAGUUACUCUUUAGUAACAGAAAAACCUACGGGACACUCAACUUCCCCUGAAAAUCUUGAUUUCUUUGAUCAAAAUUCGGAAACUUCCAUUUGUUUUCAUAAUACUCAAUCAUCUAUCUGUUGUUCAUCCAGCAACUGUAAUCCAGAUCAUAACACAUUGUGUAGCAAUGGACAAUUAACUUUUCCAGGUCACUUAUUUAACCAACAUCAAUUUGGUGCUAUAACACCUGAUUAUUUGACCAAAUCUUAUAAAAUUACAAAUCAUUCUGAUUUAGAAAUAUCUCAGUCUUCUGUUGACGCACACAUUCAACCAAUUCUUCAGUAUUAUGCUGGGCCUCAAAAUACUACUCCUGCUAAUUUAUAUUCCAUAAUUUCUACAUCUAAAGAGUGUUCUUCGCACCCUAUUCCAUUGGUUGAAAUUUCCACGUCAAAUGUUAUCAAUGCUUCUCACUCUAGUCAAUGUCGUCCUAUCUAUUCUGAUUCACUUGAUAUUCUUAACAACAGUAAUACUUAUCCUAAAACACUUGGAUUGCAUCCGGAACCUAUUAAUCUAUUUUCUCAAGUUAGUCAAUUAUCAACAGGUUCAACAACAACCACUACCACAACAACUUCGGAUAACACAACAGAAAAACCAACUGCACCAUUGCCAUCUCGUAAGCAAAGACCACUAUCCCCUUCUUUAUCAACUACUCCCAUCACUGGAGUUAUAAAUACGAAUACUAUUACCACUAUGCAGCAAAACCAUACAAAUAUAAGUUCAGUUGAUCAUCAUCAUCACCGACAACAACAGGCGUAUACUUCUAAAUUACUACAUAACAGUACUAUAGCAGCUGCUAAUACUAAUAUCCAGUCACGUACUCCAUCUAAAUCACAGGGUACAUUACACUAUCAACAAAUUAACCCGUAUCAAAAUGCACCUAAAUUAGUCAGUGGAUGGCCAUUAUCUUCAAGUGCUGGGAAUCGUCCUCUACUGACUAAUAAUAACACCAAACUUGAUUCUCAUCAAAUAAUUGCUAAUUCAGAUCAGUUUAUUACUGGAACUAGCGGCGAUAGAAUUAUAAACUAUUAUAAUAACAAUAGUAACCACAUUCAUAACGCUGGUAUUUCUAGUACCACUAUUACUAACAAUAAUACGAACAAUAACAUUGGCUUUAUGAAUAAUAACUCCGGUGACAUGAUGGCACAGAAUAGUCCACGUCGUAGUCCUCGCACUGUUAACACCAACUAUUCGGUAAAUGCGAACACUGUUGAAUCAACUUAUAACCCAAUUGAGUCCUGUACACCAAUAGGCGGCAGUUUACAAGCCUCUGUAUCUGUUCAUUGUUCUUCUAACCUAUUGAAACCAAUGUCGACGUCGAUACCAUCUACCACGACUACCACUGCUGCUAUUUUCUCAGGAAAUGUAGACUCAACGCUUAAAAAUAAAUCAUUUAUCCCUUCACGAAUAAAUAAUAGUAGUAGUGUUAGUAAUCAUCAAACUGUAACAAUAAGUCAGAAACAUGGUAGUAUUUCUUCUCAUCCACCUCCUCCACCCCUCCCACAACAACAAGAAAAAACAGCUGAUUUACUGAUUGAUGACCCAGCGAAUGAAAUGACCAUUAGUGAACUACGUUCAAUAGCUGAGCGUCAGCGUCAACAACUGGCUAGACAAGCUCAACAAUUACAAGCUAGAGAAGAACGUCGUGCAUGGCUUCGUUCGUUAAAUUCACAACGUUCAGCACAAAAUCGAUGUGUUGAAAAUGAAAAGGUCACUUCUAAACCAUCUGAUCUUAGUCAAGAACAAGAAAUCCGAUUGCACAAAUUACGUGGUUUUCGUGGCCAAACAGAACAAGUUCGUUUGAGCAAUGAAAAUCUAGUAAAAGAAAUCGAUCGAUUAGCAUCAUUGUUAUCUGGUAAAGAACAUGAUUUACAAGUUUGCCGACAAAGAGCAGAUGAAGCUGAACGUAUGUUAACUUUAAUUAGUCAAUGGCAUAAUGUGAUUGCAAGUGCACGUUGUCAAACAAUAAAUCAAGCCGGAAUGACAACAACAGUUGGAACUAAUCCAACACAUUUAUCAGAGGAAACUUCUUCUUCCUCUUCUCUUAGCCUACCUUUUAUGCAACCACCUUUUUUCUCUGAACUAGAUAAGAAAAGAUGGCAUGAUGGCCUUGUUGAAGCAGAUCGUUUGGACAGACAAUUUGCUUUAGUGUUUGGACGUAAACCUCCCAUACAAACAUGGUCUUCUAGUCAGAGUAAUCUACACUUUGUAAAUUCACUUGUAUCGGAAACAAAACUAGCACCUCACAUUCCGUGUUCACUUCCAUCGAUGACUGUUCCGUCUGCUUCUCCACCAUCUUAUUCAACAUAUCAUAACUACUCAAAAUCUAGGUUAAUUGAUCAAAGUCCAAAUGCUCAUGAUGAUCAUUCUCCUCCUCCUCCUCCCUCUUCUUCUACUACCCUUCCACAUAUUCCCAUAUCUCAUUCAACUCCUGUUAUAUCAAGAACACCAGUAACAACAAUUGAUGGCGCGACAUCACCAAACAUUGCCUUCAGUUCAGUGCUUACACGAGAUAGUAGCCCACCUACAUCUAGUCGUCGGUCAUGUUUUCGCACAUUCAUGCAGUUACAUCCUGGUUAUGGUAUUUGGAGCCCGAAUACCACUAUAAACAGCAAUAAUAGUUGCAUUAGUAAUAAAGAUAGUAUACUAUCACCUGCUACAAUUCACCCACUGCCUAUUCCACGUAUUAAAGCUCCACCAAGAUAUGCAUCACGUGCUGUAAUUAAUGAUACAUAUAUGCGUCGUAUAUGUCGUGAUAGUGUUGAAAAAUACAAACGUACAGCUAGUGAAAUUUAUCUAGCUGGUGUGAACAAAUUAAAUGCGAAAUCGUCACCUCCGUCAAUUCAAUCACCAGCACCAACGAUACCGUCUUCUGAAUGGCCAAAUAAUUCAGUUACCUCUGAACACCAUCAACAACAAACAUGUAACAUUAAUUCAAUGAAAACGAAUGAACAGAUCGUGAAGAAUGCCGAAUCAUUAGAACCAAUCUCCGGUUCUUCUGUAAUAUAUCAUCCUAGCAAAUCAUAUGAGCCAGAUGUAAUCACUAAUGAAAAUGGCGACAAAAUACCUGACCAAAAUGUUCACACUUCUGUCCAUCCAACCACUAGUUCACUUCCAUCGUCCCCAUCCAUUUCGCCUUCAUCAUCCUCAUCUUCAUUGGAACUAAUUGGCAUAGAUAUACAUCCAGACGAUGAACACAAAUUAUCUUUAUUAUCCAGUGAGUUUGAUUCACCUGAAGAUGAACAGAAACAACAAAAUUCUGGUGAUGUAGAUAGUGGUCUAGGCGGUUCCGACCAUACUGUAAAGUCAGAACAUCAACAACCACAAAUUAAGAAAUCAACAUCUAUUUUGCAGAUGACAACAAUAAUGACUCCUGAAACUACAACAAUAAAUACAACUAAUGCUACCAUUCAUACUACAAUUAGUAUAACUUCUCCUUCAACUGUCACUACUGCUAUUGUUCAACGUGGUGAGGUGAACAAACAAGAAAUUUCCUCAGGAAUUAUGGUUCAUGUAGAUGAGGAACAUGGAGUAAAUGUUAGCACGAAUAAUAACUCUUGUAAUUACAUUGAAAGACAAGUUAAAUCUAUUCUACGUAAAUCAAAACCCUCCUCAUCACCACUGACUUCAAAACAAAGUUCUAGCUUAGAUGGUAUAACUGAAACAACUCAAUCAUUAACAUCUUCAUUAAGCCAAUCGAAUUCUGUACGAUUUCAUCCAUUAGCUUUAUUGCUCGAUGCUGCAUUGGAAGGUGAUUUGGAAUUAGUGAAAAAAGCAGCUUCUGAGGUUACUGAUGUUUCUGAAUCAAACGAUGAAGGUAUUACAGCAUUACAUAAUGCCGUCUGUGCUGGCCGUGUGGAUGUAGCUGAAUUUCUUGUACUUACAGCUGGUGCUGAUGUAAAUGCAGGUGAUACAGAUGGUUGGACACCACUUCAUUGUGCUGCAUCUUGCGGAAAUGUACCUUUAGCUAAAUUAUUAGUUGAACACGGGGCUUCAUUACACGCUCGUACUUUAUCGGAUCAGGAAACUCCUUUGGAAAAGUGUGAUCAAGGAGAUGAAGAAGCUGAAUGUGAAGAAUAUCUGUAUUUCCAACAUGAACGUCUUGGUUCUGCCGCAUCUGGUCGGGUUUAUGCGCUCUUCCCUCGUGGAAUAGAAGCAGCUGGACCAGGUUCCAUGGAUGCUCAUUUAGAACCAGAUGAAUUGCCACUUAAACCAAACGAACUCCUUACUAUAGUUAACCGUGAGCCACCUGGUGAAAUAGAAUGGAUGUUAGCUGAAAAUUCUGAAGGUCAACGAGGUCUUGUACCCAGAUCGCAUAUAUCAUGUUAUCCUUUAGUGCGUAUACCACCAUCAAGUUUACCUAUUACGGAGACGCCUAAAACGUUUUCAAUGAAAUCAACCAUUUGGAAUGAAUUCGACAAUGAUGAUGAUGACGAUGACGAUAGCGAUGGUGAUGCUAACACAAGUAAAUAUGAUCAUCAGCGUGAAGUGGAGUAUAAACUUUACGAUGAGAAUCAGCUAUUGCCUGAAAGAAUAUCAAAAAUGCAAUUUGUUUCUUCAUCUGAUAAUCUCGUCAAUGAUAAUAAUAACACUACUCUUAUUACAAAUGAUAGCAAUAAUAAUCGUCCUUACACCCAAGCUACGAUUGAAAUUGAAGAUAUUACUUCAAUUAAAUCUUCAUCAACAUUACCAUUUUCAGAAGUUAAACAUUAUAUACCUCGUCCAUCAUCUGUUGAUUUCACUGGACUUAAAACAGAGGAUCGUCAGUCGUCAGACGAGAUCAUUGAUGCAGGUAAUAACAAACAGACUAAAACAAAUGAAACCUGUGAUUUGGCGACAGCAUUUUAAUUAGCUUCUUGAUUAACAGGAAUCUUUGUACAAACACACAGACGAAGUAGUAUGUAUUAGUACAUACUUUCACAUUCUUCAUUCAUGUAUUCAUCUCUUCAUGAAAUGUAAUUUCGCAAUGGUCUCAAUUUUUAUUCGGUUACAUUUGUUAAUGAUAAUGAUAUUUGUACACAUAUUCAGUCUCGGUGAUAUUGGACGGAGUGUAUUAUUAUGUGCAUGUUUGACACAGAAUAAAACUAAGAGACUAGGAAAAUACUGUAACAAUCAAUCCAUGUGAUUAUUAUGUAUAGAGUACAGUAGAAAAAGUGAAUAAUUAUGCUACUCACUACCUAUCUAUUCUUAUUUACUAAUACAUACAUCUAAUACUUAUUGUUCCUAUACCUCAUAGAAUGGUCUGGUGGAAAUAAGUGAUUUUAAUAUAUAUAUAAGUAUAUAUUUGAGUACGCUUUUAUGAUGUGUGUAGUUCAAGUUUUAUUAAGUCUCCAACCUGUUAUUAUUCAAUCUUAUUUUCACUUGUUUUAUUUACUUAUUCACUCUAGUUUAUUUUUCGUUGUUGUUGUGUAUUUGUUUACUCGAAAAUGUACAAACAAUUCGUAUAAACUAAUGUAUUACACGAAAACAUAAUAUUAUCUUACUGUAUAAUUUAUUUCCAUUCUAUUUGAAGUGUUACUGAUUUUUUUCCGGAAAAACUAUUCUAUUUCACAUCCUAAUUUAGCUCAAUGCUAUAAAUUGCUUAUUCGAUGUGUUUCUUUUUAUAACCGAUAUGUAUGGUUUUACGGGUUUUUGUUCGUGUGUAAUGGGAAUCCGUUUUAAAGAAAUCUUAAAUCAACUCAAUCGAUUUGUUUUGUGGUGAAAGAUAAACAUGACUGAUGCUUUUCUUUGAUUGGUUUUUCUCACUACAAUUGUUUUCCGUUUAUACAUUUAAUUUGGAAGCGGUCAAUUUUACAUAUACAAAAAGGACACAAAUAUCGAUGUAUACUCUGGUAUAUAUAAUUCAAUGUCAACGAACCGUAGAUAAAUAUGCCUGUUUUCUUGAUUUUACUUUCGUUGUAUCUUAUCGUUUUUGUUUGUUAUGAUUUUGCAUAAUGAUUUAGUUAUUUUUCUCUUGCCUAGUUUCUUUCAUUUUCAUACGUCAAUAUGAAAUAGUUUUAGAAAUAUUUUAUGCCGCGUUAUUAUUUGCUCUUUUUUCUGGAUUGCCUUCAGAGCACUGUCAUCAUCCUUUCUCUCCCUCCCUGCUCGAAUGAUAUAAUUACUCGUUUUCAAUUUAGUGUAUACGUAAAAUGAACUAUAACGGAUCUCUUCCACUCUGAUUACAUUUUUUAUCAUGAUCACUUCCUUGGGUGUUCCAAUCUUUUCAGUACCAUUUCCGAUACCUGUCUUCUCUUUUCUGUACUUUGCUUUGUUUCUGUAUCUCUGCCUCACCAUUGCUUACUUUGUGCCGUACUUGUGCGUGUGUGCCUUUUCUCCUCAUUUUGGCGUCCAGUUUUGUGGUUUCUUGGUGUUUCCUUUCUCCCCAUCAAUUUAUCUUUUCCUUAGUUUCUUCGUUUCCAACAUGGUAGUAUCUUGUCUUUUCAUAGCCAUCUCUCUCUCUUCAUCUGCUAUUUAUUGUUUUCUUUUUUCAAACGCCUGAGAAAAGACUAAUAAAAAUAUCAAACAGAUUUCUGUAUUUAAACCAACAUCUCAUGUAUCUGUGUGUAUAGUUUUGCACACAUUAUCUUAUUUGUAUCGUAUUUUCUAAUCUACACCAGAAUUCUCAUUGCGUAUAUACAUUUCAGAGAGAAACCAUAUUGAUAAGAUAAACACAUUAGUUACUCAAUAAACAAUACUGUUUGAAUUUC